AUGGGUAUCAGACUGUUAUCGAAAAUCCCUCAAUCAAAGCUGAUCUCAAAAUUGAAAUCUGGAAUGCUUUCAUCGCUUACAGGUGCAGAAAUUCCAAAAGGACACAUGGCGGUGUAUGUUGGCGGGGAUGCUUAUCAGAAGAAAAGAUAUGUGGUUCCAGUAUUCAUACUUGAAUCAUCCUUCAUUCCUGGACCUUUUGAAGAGGGCAGAGGAAGAAUUUGGGUUUGA